AUGUUACCUGAAUACGGCUCUCAACAGAUUUAUGCACCUUAUCCUCAUCGGGAAAGGUUGGAGAUUGGAUACCAGCGCGUUCCCCGGAAGAGAACAGCGAACAACGAUGGAGAGACUCCGGGAUCAUCAUACCCUCGCGCUAAAACACCCCCAUGGUUCUCGAAGAACCCUACCCGUACGGACGAAGAGAGCAGUCGGCCCCGUAAGAUUCAGCUUAUAGAUAUCACACCUAGUUCAAAUUCUAGAAGCAACACUCCCGCUGCAGAGCCUCCUCAGGAUGCAACAGACGAUGCGCCCACAAAUGCGGGUGCGUACGGCCUCGCAUACGACCGCCCGCACUGGUCACAUCCGCCUGGACAUGAAGAGACUCGUGCGUGGUUCAAAGAACCACUCUAUCCACCUCCAUCUCCUCGGACAGACAGACACGACACGGAGAGAGCCAGCUACCACUCUACUGCGUCAACUACAGUGCAGAAACCUCCGCAAGACCAUCUUGCUCGACGCCACAGGCCACCGGAUGACCCCUCGGAUCACGAGCGACCCCACUCAUCCAUUUCUGGAGCCGAGGCUGGCUGGGGGGCACGACACCACUCAGCGAAUUCUAUACACACAAGUUUGCCUUUGCCAACUGCUCAAGAGACACCGAUCCGCUUGCCGCCAAUACAACUUACUGCACAAGACCAUCUUCCACCACAUACAAGUUUUAUACCCCAAGAAAAAGAGUGGAGACCCCCCGCUUCUGACGGUGUUCUUGAUACUACUGGCCGGGCUGAUAUUGCUGGCCGACUUGUGAACCCCGAGCGAUCGCACCUGGCCUGGGCGGGACAUCGCACUCCAAUGGGCCGCACGGCAUAUACGAGGGGCGGGGACUCGAAUAUGCUUCCAUCACCUCAGAUCGAACACCUCUCGAGCGAUGAGGCACAGAGAGAACAGAGCUGGAGCGAGAGUGGAACGUGGCGGUCUCACGAAUUUGGAUUGGACGAUCGGAAUUCGCAUGGCAGGGCCAUAGACGGAGACCAUGAUAUACGGCGGAUUCAGAAUGUGAGGAGCGUGGAGAAUGCUCUGGUGAAAGAUCCAGCUCCGCUACACACCACCCAGAAUAACUCAUCGAUCGGGUUCCGCGGCCAUACGUGCGAUGCAAGCAGGGAGAGACCGGCUAGUUUUGGUGAGCAAGAGCUGUCGAGAGCCGCUCAGGAUCCGUACGAUUGGGACGGACCGAGUGGGCCGAGAAACGAUCGGGGACGACGGGUACAAGAAAGGGGUUUAGAGAGGCACGAACCCGACAUGCUCAGUGCCAGACCAGUGUCAGACAGCUUGUCUCGUCUUCAUGUGCGUGGAGUGGCCAGCGGCGGAUCUAUAGGUGCGCACGAACUUGGCAUUUCGAAUCGUGUUCGGGCCGAGAUAUCACCUUUUCCGCACGUUCCAAUUGAGAAUGGUUCCGGCGUGUCUGCACGAGCCCGGGAUGAGCUUGCUGGCACGCAUGAAGCACACGGUUUUCGUGGCUCACGACGCCAAUCCAAACGUGAACUGCAAGAGGCGAAGUGCGAGAGGGAUCACUGGGAAAAGCGCGCUCGCGAACUCGAGCGCGAGCUGGACGGCGUGCGUGCGCAACUGGCGGUGCUUACAGAGAGAUCGGAGCGUCGAACGCGAAAAUAUGAACACGAGCUGGACACGCUGCGGGUGGACUGCAGGAAUAAAAUAAGCGCAGUGGAGACAGAAUUGGAUGCUCGCGAGCGCGCGAAAGCUCAGCGGGUGUCGGUAGAGGUGCAGACGCACGUUGCGCACGAGGAUAGAGGGGUGCAGGCGAGCGAGGUGGCCGAGCGCGCACCGCCGCGGAUACUGUUCAAGCUUCGGAAAGCGCAGGGCACAGAGUACCAGUCCGGGCUUGGAGACGGGACCGGGUUGCAAGACACGCGCGAUACGAAUAAACAGCGUGUCGAUGACACUGGGAUAUCAGGACAGAGCCGGAAACAAGAUCGGAGGUCAUGCACACAACUCGCGCCAAAAAUAGGGGGCCGGGAAAACAGGUUACGGGAACAAAUUGCAGCCGUUGAGGCGGAGGUUGCGUGUCUGAAGGCCGAGUCGAGGCAGUUCUCCAAGGCAAACCGGACGGUGCGGGACACGCCGGCGACUCCGAUGGGACACAGCAACCCGCCUCUUCUGGCUGAUGCCGCUGUGCAAGCUGUUGGUGGCGACAUCAGCAGCGGCAUCAGUAUCGAUGCAACCAGCCCAAUCGAUUGUCCAGAGCCUGUUGGUGAGACUCCAAUUACAUCAAAGCAGGAACAGGUGGUGCAAUGUUCGCCCGCGGACGACACCACCAGGCCCAUAACAUCCCCGCCCCUGAUCAAAGGUACGAACUUGCAAGGCAAGAAAAUGUAUAUCGGCGUGCCGGCUGCGUCGUGGGGCGUAUCAGAGCUCUCGACUAAGGUCGAGUUUUCCCUGAAGAGCAAGCAGCCAGUGUAUAUCGGAGAUCGCCCGUCUAGAGACAGUGAGAAGCAGAAGCGGUGA